GUUCAUACUUUGUGAUGCGAUCUGGGAAAACCCGUCGGAUGUCGCGCUGGCACGUUUCGAGGAAAUAGUAAAAAAUAGGUCGACUGUCAUUUCUUUGGCAAAAUUGGGUUUUCAUUAAAUUAUUAUUAUAUAACAUCUUGUCUAUAAUUCCUGAAAAUAUCUAAGUGAAAUUCGCUAGUUUUAUACAUUAAAAAUUAAUUUAUAUUGGCCAAGCUGUCUAAAAGACGAUCCUACAUUUGAAACCGCGAACGGCGGAGGUGCAUAAAAAUCUCCCAUAACGUGCUUUGCCUAGGCUAUCAACACUACAAAGACGGUUCACCAAUCAAAGCUAAACCACAUGAAUGAAGUCAUAUCAUAUCAAUACAUUUUCCCGCCAGAUAUAUAUUGUAACACUGUGAUAACGUUAACGUUACGUGAGGAUGUGAGAGUCUACAGAGAUGGCGGAGCUCAAGAGAAGGGAGUCUGAGGUAGCUGCUCACUUAAAUGAUGCUGCUCGUCUCAAUUUGCUCAAUCCUGGCGAUGCCAAUGCCCUGAACGACGUGAUCAUGGAUUAUUUCACAUCCAGGGAUCCAAGAGAUGAUGAAGGAUCGGAUUAUAAUGAAUUUACCGAACAAGAGGAGUCCGAUGAAGAUGAUGACCAUCCCAUAUCGAUGAUUGAAGAUGUAGCAGAGAUACUACCACCAGUUUACUUCAAGAAGAUAAUGGUGAUGAUGUGCAAGAGUUUGUAUGUGCAUGCAAAUACAACAAUGGUCAUCCAUGUUCAACACGUUUCAUGCAAGAGGAGCUGCAGAUGAUUCGUUACUGUUUCCUGGAAAUGACAAGGGAAGAGCUAGAUAUCGCCAUUUUAGCCAAACUCUCGUGUGGAAUGCAUCUUUCUCAGCUAACAUCCCGCACCCAUAAAAAAGAACAGACAGUUCGGAAGUCCCAAAGAACUGAUUUCUUUCACCAUGGGGAGAAAAUAUGCAGGGAUACUUUUAAAUAUCUCCAUGCCAUUGGCCAGGUCAAGCUAGAUGCUCUCAUUAAGCAUUAUAAGGAGCAUGGUGUUACUCCUCGAAUGCAUGGCAACAAAAAGCGUCAGCCUCCUAAUGCACUGAAGAAAGAGGACAAUAUGUAUGUUGCACAUUUCAUCAUAAACUAUGCUGAAACUCAUGGCAUGCAUCUUCCAGGGAGGGUACCAGGCUUUUGGAGGAGUGAUUUGAAACUUCUUCCAACUAACUGUACGAAGGUGAAGGUGUACUCCGAUUACUGUGUGGCAGUUGCUGCAGCGAAUCAGCGUGUGGUUUCUGUAGUUACAUUUCGUCGUAUCUGGCGGGAAGUGGUGCCAUUUGUUGUCACAAUGCGGCCAGCAACUGACCUGUGUUGGACAUGUCAAAAAUAUCAAAAACGCAUUAGUGAGGCUGCCAAUAAGGCUGAUUCAGAGAAGGCAGAGCUGCAUCGUCUGGCCACUGAACAUCUAGAGAAAGCUAGAGUAGAACGUACACACUAUCAGCAACUUUGUAAGGAUUCAAAAGCAAACUUGCCUGCUGGGUUAGAGUUAGGUCCACACAUUCCUUGUAGUUAUGAGGGAAUGGUACAUUAUAGCAUGGACUUUGCACAACAGAUUCACUACCCCAAUGAUCCCCUCCAACCAGGGCCGAUGUAUUUCAAAACACCACGUAAGUGUGGAGUUUUUGGUGUAGCAUGUGAGGCCUUGCCAAAGCAGGUUACUUUCUUGUUGGAUGAAUCCAUACAGACUGGUAAAGGUAGCAACUGUGUUAUUAGCCCUAUUUACACUCAUAUCUUGAGAAUUAUGGACUGGGUGAAAUGCACAUGCACCUUCAUGCAGAUAACUGUGCGGGACAAAAACAAGAACUCUUUUGUGAUGUGGUAUCUGUUGUGGCGUGUCUUGACAGGUCGUCAUGUGUCAAUCAAAAUGAGUUUCCUUCUUGCUGGGCACACAAAGUUUUCCUGUGACUGGUGCUUUGGGCUCUUUAAAAGAAAUUUUAGGAGGAAUAAGGUUGACUGUUUGGAUGACAUUGCCCAAGUAGUUCAAAACUCAAGUCCAUCUGGAGUCAAUGUACCAUGUCUUUGUGGUAGAGAGGAUGGCACUGUUCUUGUACCUAUGUAUGACUGGAGCACAUUCUUGGGUACAUACUUCAGAAAAUUACCCACCAUUAAAAGCUUUCAUCAUUUCUUAUUCUGUCAGGGCUCCACAUUGGUAAGAAUGAAAAAAUUCCUUAAUAGUGUGGAAGUUUCCCAAGACUUAGGGAGAAAUGGUGUCGACUUUGAUGCACUUGACCCAAGUGCUUUGCCUGAUCAACUCCUCCCAAAGGGGCUUGAUGCUAAAAGGCAACAGUAUCUUUACAAUGAGAUAAGGGAAUUUGUGACAAAAGACAAGCAGGACUUGGUUUGCCCCCUCCCUCAGGCUGUAAACAUGAAUGAGGAUUAAUUCAGUGAUUCUGGGGACAGUCAUUGUAUUAUAGUCUUGAAUACAAGGGUUGUAUCUAUAGUUAGUGUUGUUACUCAACUUUUCCAUUUGAAUUUACAAUAAGUCAUGAUAUACUGCAUAUUUCAGAUAUUUUCUGCAUAGUUAUACUGCAUAUUCUUUUAUAUUUUUCAGGAUAUUUAUACUGCAUGAUUUGAUGAUAUUCUGAAUAAUAGCAGAACAAUAAUUACAUUGAAUAUUGUUACUCAACUUUUCCAUUUGAAUUUACAAUAAGUCAUGAUAUACUGCAUAUUUUUAUAUUUUCUGUAUAUAUACUGCAUAUUUCACAUAUUUUCUGCAUAGUUAUACUGCAUGAUUUGAUGAUACUCUGCAUAAUAGCAAAACAAUAAUUACAUUGAAUAGCCUAUGUGUUGUUACCUCAACUUUUCCAUUUUGAAUUUACAAUAAGUCAUGAUAUACUGCAUAUUUUUGAUAUUUUCUGUAUUUAUACUGCAUAUUCUUUAUAUUUUCUGCAUAUUUAUACUGCAUGAUUUGAUAAUAUACUGCAUAAUAACAGAAUAAUACUGAGAGAAAAAGUUACGUAAAAAUUCAAUUCAUUGAAUGUUGAAUGAAUAAAUACAUUCUUGAUUUUCAUCUAAUUCAUGAGUGUUGUGUGUUUGCUUGGUGCCAAAGUAACAAUUUUGUAUCUUUUACAACAUAUACAGUGACUAAAAUAAGUCUGUGCCAUAAUAGAGUAAUGAAAAUUUAACCUGUGAUAUUUGAUUGUUAAACUGUUCUAUUUAGAAUGUCUAUCUUUAAACCUGUUUUUCUCAAAAUUCCGUUUCAUAAAACCAUGUUAAUAAGCUGACUUUAGAUAAUAAUAACAUUUGUUACAGACAUGCUAUGAAAAAAGGGAAAACAGAUUUGAAAAGAGCUUGAAAGCAGCUUUACGGUGGUAUCAGAAUCUUAAGUUGGUAAAAUUUUACCAUGUGAUGGGUUUUCCCAGAUCG